GAACAAAAAAAUCAUAUUUAUAUUAUAUUUGCAUAUUCUCCUGCGCAGGUGUGAUCGGGUGCUCUGCAAGGAUGCUAAAGUAAUUCCGAGUGAAAACAUCACCACCCUACACAAGCUUCUGGUGAUGGAUGUCAGGAUCAGGUGGGUGAAACAUAGGAGAGUUUCGAGUGGAAACGCACACAUCCGGUGGAGGAGACUAAGUGGGGAGAAUAUCUCUGAGUUGAUCAGGCGAGUGCAGGAGAAAGGGCGUGGGAAUCGGCCGGAGAGGCUGCUGAUAUGUGGACGCAGACUGCUAACUGCAUCAGGGAAGCUGCCAGGGAAGUGCUUGGUGUGAGCUCUGGCUCAGGGAGUAGGCGGCAGGGUGAUUGGUGGUGGAGCGGUUCAGUCCAGAGUAAGGUGGAAGCUAAGAAGGUGGCAUAUGUGAGGUACAUGGGCUGCAAUGUUGAGGAAGAAAGAGCGGCGUUACGAGUGGAGUACAAGAAGGCACGUAAAGAAGCUAAGUUAGAGGGUACAAGGGCAAAGAAUGCCGCUUUUGAACGCCUCUACAAGGAUAUUGAGGGGAAAGGCGGUGUUAAUACACUGUUCCGGCUUGCUAAAGUGCGUGAGAGGAAGGCCCAAGAUCUGGACCACGUGCGUUGCGUGAAGGACAGUGAUGGUAGAGUGUUAGUUGAGACUGCCAAGGUGGCUAAGCGCUGGGGGGAGUACUUUUGUGAACUCAUAAAUGCGGGAGGAGAGCAGAGGCUAGUUCUUGAUGAGCUGGGGCAAUCCGGGGCGUCUCGUGUAUAUUGCCGGCGCAUUUGCAUGGAAGAGGUGGUUCGGGCUCUCCGCGGGAUGUGUAGUGGGAGAGCUUUGGGACCAGAUGAGAUUCCGGUGGAGUUCUGGAAGCAUGCGGGUCGUGGUGCGUGGGUUUGGUUAACCAAACUCUUCAAUGUUAUCUUCCGCACAGCAAGGAUGCCAGAUGAGUGGAGGGAGAGUCUCUUGGUCCCCCUGUUUAAAGGCAAAGGUGACAUCCAGAGCUGCGAGAAUUUCAGAGGCAUCAAACUGCUUAGCCACACCAUGAAGGUUUGGGAGCGAGUCAUUGAGUAUAGGGUGCGGAAAGGAGUAUGCAUCUCUGAGAACCAGUUUGGUUUCAUGCCUGGCAGAUCAACUACAGAGGCCAUUCACCUCGUGAGGAGGUUAAUGGAAAAGUAUAGGGCUAGGAAGAAGGACCUUCAUAUGGUGUUCAUUGAUCUCGAGAAGGCGUAUGAUAGGGUGCCAAGGGAGGUCUUAUGGAGGUGCCUUGAGACGAGAGGAGUUCCCAUCGCGUACACUCGCGCGAUCAAGGAUAUGUACGAUGGGGCUAUGACUAGGAAGAAGCCGGUUGAUGCUUCCACUUGCGCUCCUUCUUUUCCCGUGGCGCAAGUGGCCCCGGUUGCCCAGCCCGGGGACGAGGGCUUCAUUCUGCUUGACGACCGGUUGGUUCAAACGCAAUCGUCGAUCAUGCAGAAGGCCCAAGUCCACGAGGUGCGCAACCUGAUGCCGGAUGGGUACCAAUUGACUUACCGGGCAACAUGGAAGAGCAUUAUCCCUCUCCAUGUCGGCAGCUUCAUCAAUGUCUGCCGGUUUCUUCGUAUUCCCCUCUCCCUUCGUCUCUUCGACCAUAUGUUCGAUGUCCGGCCCGGGUCCAAGGAAACCCUUGGAUUCGUGGUGGUGUCUUCUCACCAAGGCCGGGCAUUCCUCUGCGGCCUUCCACCUUCUAACAAGAAGUGGAAGGACAAAUAUGUUUGUAUCAAAUUCCCCCCGGCUGCUUUCCCCUUUGCCCAAAAUGUCUGGGGGAAGAGAAUGAAGCGCCAGGUCAAACCUGCGGAAGCCGACGACCUGGUUGCCUGGGAAGCCACCCUCAAGGCCGGGGACGCCUCCACCCGCGGUCUUUAUCACGUCGGGAAGUGGAGUGUCUACCCCGGCCGGGAGACCAACCCCGAACCGGAGAUUGUUCUGCCCGGGGCGAUCCCCGAAGCCAUCCCCAUCCGCCAGGCGAGGGGAUCCAAACCCCAGGCCACUACUAAUGCCGGUCCUUCACGCCCGGCGAAGAAGAAGAAGGAGAAAGUGGUGAAGUUUCAGUCCAAGUUUGCCGUCCCCCAGAUUGUGGUUGAGGAGCCCUCCUUUGCUCAGCUACUCACUCCUCCAUCCGGCCAGCCGUUCGUGUUGGACGAUCAGCCGGCUCACUCUCACCAAGGGACCAGCCAGCCGAUCCACUCGGGGGAGAUCUACUUCAAUGCCGGUCGGAUUGGGGAGGAGUACUUCGCCCGGCUGGUGAAGUCCAAAGAAGAGGAGAUGGCCCGGAUGGAGGCCAUGAUGGUCCAGUGCCGGAAGGAUGCUCAGGCCGCUCGUGCCCAGGCGGAGAAGACGGAGGCGAAGUGGCUGGAGCAUUACACAGUCUACCGCCAGCUCUACGCCAACAACUGGAGGCCGAAAGAGCAGUCGGAGCGUGCCGCCCUUGCUGCUGCCUGGGCUACUCAAGCGCCUGAGGAGUUCACCGGUAAGGCGUUGCCUGAACGGGAGACUGCCAUCCGCUGCUUCCAAGGCUUGUACAAGUACGAGGUCUCGGCCGGGAUCGUCGACGAAAUCGGAACCUACAGCUUUGAAAGCGGCCAGUACUCGGAGCGGAAGGCCCUCUAUGGCAUCCUUCAGCAGAGGAUCCAAGGUUUUCAGCUGAAGGCUCUAUCUCUGCCCGAGCUGCAUAGCGAGGCACCUGAACCUCCCUUCCUGGGCAUCUGAUCCGUUCGGCCUCCUUUCCUCUUCUGAUUCUCUUUUUUUUAAAUGAUGUAAUAUCCUGCCUCCGGGCGCUUUUUGUAAACCGUUUGAAAUAUUAAUGAAAAUAUUUUCUAUGUUAUGUGCUGAGUGCUUUUUUUUUUAAUUCUUGUCAACUUAGAUUCUUCUACCGUUUAGAUUAGUAACUAAUAGCCCGGCUGUACGUACCCGGCUUGAAUAUAAGUUUAACCAAGUC